AUGGGAACUGACGAAUGUGAUAAGUAUGUAGGACUGAUGGAGGACCCUUCGAAAGGAUAUGAUUCCAGUAUAUACGGAGAAUCAACCGAGGAAAUCCGUCAAUUGAACAUCAAUGACCCCAAAUCUAGUUAUCAAAAUGUUAUGAAUGUGGACUCUAGCACUGCAAAUGGGUUGAUAGAUGAAUCAUACGACCCUAUGCAUAAAGAUAGUAGUAUUAGGAGUCGAGAAAAUAGUUACAAACAACAACGAUUCCAAAGGAUGCUAUCACCGGAACGAGCAGAUCCCUUUGCCAAGUCUAGUGCUGGCAAUGACGUGAGGACAUACACAGACAUAAUGAGAGAGACUCAGUUGGAUAGAGAAAAGGCUAGAACUGCCAGAAUGGCUGCAAGGAGCAAGUAUGAAUCAGAAAAAUCUGAAAAACAUGAUCAUAAUGACCGAGAUUCAAUGCCAACUGAUUCUGCCUCCAAUGCUGAUGCCGCGUAUGCCGAUACGCCUAUGGCAAGUGAUCCGGCCUCCACUCCUACGCCCAGUAGAUGGACAGAAACGCCCAUGUAUGGCGAAAAUUCGCUCAAGAAAUCGUCAAGAUGGGACAGGACGCCGAGUUUAGAUCCAUCGCAGACACCAGGCGCUACUCCUUUAGGGUACACUGGCUCAGAGACCCCGCUAACCCCUUCACUCACGCAACAGCAGGCAUUUAUGCGGCACAGGUUGCAGCGUGAAAUUGACGAGCGGAAUAAACCACUUACCGAUGAAGAGCUUGACCAGAUUUUACCAUCUGAUGGGUUUGAAAUAGUCCCGGUACCACAUGAUUACAAUCCUGUACGGAAGCAAACCCCCUUGACCAGCGCCACCCCCCUUUUCUCUAUACCCGAACAACAUGAAACAGCUGAAUUUGAAGUACCAGUUGAUGCUACCCCAGCCGUAUUGGCUGAUGUGGAAAUUAAGCUUGAAGACCGCCAAUUUUUUGCUAAACUGUUCGACAAUGUGGCUGAGGAUGAUCUGUCAGCCGAGGAAGCGACCGAACGGCGUAUUAUGACACUUUUACUAAAAAUUAAGAAUGGAACUCCGCCUAUUCGCCGUCAGGCCUUAAGGACGAUAACUGAGAAGGCUAGGGAUUAUGGCCCUGGCCCAUUAUUCAAUCAAAUACUGCCACUGAUGAUGCAAUCGACCCUUGAGGACCAAGAGCGUCAUUUGAUGGUCAAGGUAAUUGACCGCAUACUGUACAAACUGCAAGACCAAGUUAGGCCAUAUUUGCACAAGAUACUAGUCGUCAUGGAACCUCUACUAAUUGACGAGGACUACUAUGCAAGGGUUGAGGGCAGGGAAGUAAUCAGUAAUUUGGCCAAGGCGGCCGGAUUGGCUACUAUGAUAGGGACCAUGCGCCCCGAUAUAGACCAUCCAGAUGAAUAUGUAAGGAAUACAACUGCCAGGGCAUUUGCGGUAGUGGCUAGCGCUCUUGGUAUACCCUCGCUUAUACACUUUUUGAAGGCUGUCUGUAGCAGCAAGAAAAGCUGGCAAGCUCGCCAUACUGGCAUCAAAAUAGUGCAACAAAUAGCAAUUUUGAUGGGGUGUGGUAUAUUGCCGCACCUUAAGCAGCUUGUUGAGACAGUGGCGCAUGGACUCCAAGAUGAGCAAUCAAAAGUUAGAAUUAUUACCGCCUUAUCUCUGGCAGCUUUGGCUGAGGCUUCUAGCCCAUAUGGCAUAGAGGCGUUUGAUAUAGUAUUGAAACCAUUGUGGCGAGGUAUAACCGAGCACAAGGGCAAGGCUUUGGCGGCUUAUCUGAAGGCUGUAGGGUUAAUAAUACCCCUGAUGGAUCCUCACCACGCCAACUAUUACACUCGUGAAAUGAUGGUUAUUCUAGUUUGUGAAUUUUCAACUCCUGAUGAAGAGAUGAAGAAGAUUGUUUUAAAAGUUGUCAAGCAAUGUAUUGCCACAGAGGGCGUGGAACCUCAGUACAUUUGCCAGGAAAUUUUGCCAGAAUUUUUUAACAAAUUUUGGAUAGUGAGGAAUGCACUAGAUAGACGUAACUAUAAUUUACUAGUUGACACAACUGUUGAGAUGGCCAACAAGGUGGGUGGCCCACAAAUACUUUCAAGACUGGUACAAGACCUCAAGGACCCUUCAGAGCCGUUUAGAAAAAUGGUUGUGGAAGCUGUUGACGGAGUGAUAACUAAUUGUGGCGUUGAAGGAGUGGAUCAACGACUCGAAGAGAUGUUAAUAGAUGGUAUUUUAUAUGCUUUUCAAGAACUGAGCGUAGAUGAUAAAGUAAUUAUUAACACUUUUGGCACACUUCUGAAUGCCCUGGGCCAUAAAGCAAAACCUUAUCUACCUCAAAUUGCCGGAUUGAUUCGCUGGAGACUAAGUACCCAAUCUCCAAUGAACCGCCAGCAAGCAGCGGAUUUGGUAGUAAAGGUGUCUAGUGCCAUGAAGGUGUGUGAGGAGGAGCAGAUGCUAGGUCAUCUUGGUCUAUUUUUAUAUGAAUACUUAGGGGAAGAAUACCCGGAAGUCCUUGGUAGUAUUCUUGCCGCGUUGAGAUCAAUCGUAUGCGUGGUUGGUAUGCAACGGAUGACCCCUCCCAUAAAGGAUCUACUACCGCGUCUAACGCCUAUACUGAAGAAUAGGCACGAAAAAGUGCAGGAAAAUGUCAUAGAACUUAUAGGGAAAAUUGCCGACAGAGGUGGUGACCUUGUUUCCCCCAAGGAAUGGGACCGCAUCUGCUUUGACCUCAUUGAGAUGAUGAGGGCAACAAAAAAAUCAAUACGUCGCGCCACAGUAAAUACCUUUGGCUACAUUGCACGUACAAUAGGUCCACAUGAUAUUUUAUGCACACUUUUGAACAAUUUGAAGGUACAAGAGCGACAUAUGCGUAUAUGUACAACAAUUUCCAUUGCUAUUGUGGCAGAAACGUGCCUGCCGUAUAGUGUUUUACCGGCGAUAAUGAAUGAAUAUAGAGUUCCGGAUAUCAACAUACAAUCGGGCGUGCUAAAGGCUCUAUGUUUUAUAUUUGAAUACAUAGGCGAAAUGGCCAAGGACUACAUAUAUGCCAUAACACCAUUGUUACAGGACGCCUUGAUGGACCGAGAUGUGGUGCAUCGACAAACGGCUGCUUGGACUUGUAAGCACCUGGCCCUAGGAGUUCAUGGGAUGAAUUGCGAAGAUGCCUUAAUCCACUUGCUAAACUUUGUGUGGCCAAAUAUAUUCGAGACGUCCCCGCACUUAACUCAAGCAGUAUUUGAUGCCAUAGAUGGCUUUAGAGUGGCACUGGGGCCAGUUAUAAUCUUCCAAUAUGUAAUACAGGGCCUUUUUCAUCCGGCGCGCAGAGUGAGGGAGAUCUAUUGGCGUAUUUAUAACAACCUGUACAUUGGCCAUCAGGACGCGCUUGUGGCGGCCUUCCCUCCCAUUUACGGCGCCAACUGUCGUACCGGAAAUAGUAUCCAUCAAUGUGUGGAACUUUGCUAUACUUUGUGA